GCGCCGACAUACAAAUUAAUUAUUUUAAUGGAGUCGCAUAUCUACAUCUGAUACGGCCAUGUGCGUUUUCAAUCGGGGUUCCAAAUGAACCCACCCAAAUAAGCAUCUAGUUAGUUAAAUUCUUGUGGCGGUGUCAGUGUCCCAUCGGCAAUGAGUCCCAACACUUGGGUAAUUGAAAUGGCAUCGCAUAAAUCGCGUCUAAAUCCGCGACGCAUUUCGCCCCAACGCAUGCCGCUCUUCAAUGAUACAUUUGCUCGGCCAGAGACAGCGCCAUCGACUGCUGGUCCGCUCGAGAAUCCCGCGUUCGGGGAGAUCAGCACGAUAUUGUCGGUGCUGAAGGUGACUGGUUUGCUGCCCAUCUAUGAGCAGGUGUCCAGCUAUGAGGUUGCACCACCCACUCGGACCAACGAGUACUAUUCGUUCUUUGUGCGUGGCGUCGUCCAUGCCCUGACCGUAUUCAAUAUCUACAGCCUAUUGACACCCAAUGCGGCUCAGCUGUUCCACUCGAUGCGCGAGACGGACAAUGUGAAUCAAUGGAUUGAAAUGUUGCUCUGCAUUACCACCUAUACGCUGACGGUAUUGGUUUGCGGUCGGAAUACAAAAUACAUACUGCAGAUCAUAAACGACAUCCUCCAGCUGGAUCAGGAGGUGUUGCGUCAGUUUGGCGUUGCGCUCAGCAAUCAGUGCAAUUUCUCGAUUAAAUAUCUCGUGGUGAUUGUUUGCUGUCAGGCAUAUAUUCUAGUGAUGCGCGUCCGCGAAGUUGAGGGCAUUAUAACGCCCACUUCCUAUAUUCUGAUUGCCUUCUUUGCGAUGCAAAAUGGUUUAAGUGCCACCUACAUAGUGUUUGCAUCGGCUCUGUUGCGCAUCGUAUGCAUUCGCUUUCAGUUCGUCAAUCAGCUGCUGAAUGGAUACACGUAUGUGCAGCAGCGGAACAGGAGUCGUCGUCAGAUACGGGCGCGCAUGGAAAACUUUGCGGAGGAUUCGUUAUUCAUUUACCGCACUCACAAUCGGCUGCUACGCAUUUAUAAGAGCAUCAAUGAGUGCUGCAGCUUGAUAAUUGUGUGCUUUCUGGGCUUCUCGUUCUAUACGGUGACCACGAAUUGGUAUAAUCUCUUCGUGCAGAUCUCGAGCAACAGGGGCGGCAUCACGUCCCAAAUAAUGCAGUGGUGUAUGGCCUGGUUGUGCCUGCACAUCUCCCUAUUGGCCCUUUUGUCGCGUAACUGUGGUGCCACCACCCGCGAGGCAAAUAUCACAUCACAAAUACUGGCACGUGUCUAUGGCAAGAGCAAGGAGUUCCAAAAUAUCAUUGAUAAAUUUCUGACUAAAAGCAUUAAACAGGAGGUACAAUUUACAGCCUAUGGUUUCUUUGCCAUUGACAACUCAACGCUUUUUAAGAUCUUUUCGGCUGUGACCACAUAUUUGGUCAUAUUGAUACAAUUUAAGCAGCUCGAGGAUUCCAAAUUUGAUGAAGAGACUCAUGUCGACACUUAAAGAUCUACACUAUUUCAUUUGUAUUUUUUUAGCUACAUAUUUAUUACGAUUACAAAUUCUUACGUCAAUUUUACUAAUUGCAUAUUUUAAUUAAUAAACUCAUUAGAUCCGACAAAU